AUGAGGUUCCGUGACGGACAAUGGCUCGUGGCCGAGGGCGUACAAGUCCAAUACGCCGAGGAAGUAUACCGAAUCACUCCCACGGCCUCGGGCAAGGGAAUCAGCCUCUUGUGCCCGACGCGCAAGAUCUUGAACCGUGGGAACACUCUGAACCUGGCAACGCUCAGCAUCGACAUCGAGCCGGCUUUUGAUGGCGUCCUCUCUGUCGAGACCACCCACUGGCAAGGCGCCGUCCGUCGCGGACCCGACUUCGACCUCUUCCCCGCCGGCCGGCCCGAGGUGGACGCCAAGGUGACCAAGACGGAGAGCGGCACCACCCUGUCGUCCGGGACGCUCUCGGCGACAGUCAGCGGCAAGCCGCACGAGUUCGAGAUCGCCUUCCAUCCGACCGGGGGCAAGAAGCCCCUGACCACCCUGCUCAACCGGUCAGUCGGCCUGGCCUACACGCCCGCCCCGAGCACGCCCAUGCAGCUGGCCGACAUGCGCAACUUCCGCCACUACAUCUUCACCCAGACCACCCUCGCCGUCGGCGAGUCCAUCCACGGGCUCGGCGAGCGCUUCGGGCCCUUCAACAAGGUCGGCCAGAGGGUCGAGCUGUGGAACGCGGACGGGGGCACCUCGUCCGACCAGGCGUACAAGAACGUGGGCUUCUGGAUGAGCUCGCGCGGCUACGGUGUCUUCGUCGACACUCCCGGGCGCGUCGAGCUCGAGAUUGGGAGCGAGCGGUGCUGCCGGCUCCAGACGAGCGUCGAGGGGCAGCGGCUCCGCUGGUUCAUCAUCUACGGGCCCUCGCCGCGCGACAUCCUGCGCCGGUACUCGGUCCUCACCGGAGCCCCCGGCAGCGUGCCCAGCUGGUCCUUCGGCCUGUGGCUCAGCACGUCCUUCACCACCUCGUACGACGAGGAGACGGUCAACAGCUUCCUGGCCGGCAUGAGGGCGCGCGACAUACCCGUCGAGGUCUUCCACUUCGACUGCUUCUGGCUCAAGGCGUUCCAGUGGUGCGACUUCGAGUUCGACCGCGACAUGUUCCCGGACCCGAGGGGCCAGAUCGGGCGCCUCAAGGCCGGCGGCCUCGUCAAGAAGGUCUGCGUCUGGACGAACCCGUACCUGGGCCAGGCGUCCCCCGUCUUCGCCGAGGCCGCGGCCAGGGGCUACCUGCUCCGGCGCAGGAACGGCGACGUCUUCCAGUGGGACCUGUGGCAGACGGGCAUGGGCAUCGUCGACUUCACCAACCCGGACGCCCGCGCCUGGUUCGCCGCCUGUCUCGACCGCCUCUUCGACACGGGCGUCGACUGCAUCAAGACCGACUUUGGCGAGCGCAUCCCCUCCGAGGAUGUGCAGUGGUUCGACCCUUCGGUCGACCCGGAGCGGAUGCACAACUACUACGCCUUCAUCUACAACAAGCUCGUCUACGAGGCCCUGCAGAGGCGUUACGGCGCCAACGAGGCCGUCCUGUUCGCCCGCGCCGCCACCGCCGGCUGCCAGCGGUUCCCCCUCACCUGGGGCGGCGACUGCGAGUCGACCCCCGAGGCCAUGGCCGAGUCGCUACGCGGUGGUUUGUCCCUCGGCCUGUCCGGGUUCGCCUUCUGGAGCGUCGACAUUGGCGGCUUCGAGGGGUCGCCGCCUCCCUGGAUCUACAAGCGCUGGGUCGCCUUCGGCCUCCUCUGCUCCCACUCGCGCCUGCACGGCUCCAACUCGUACCGGGUCCCCUGGACGGUCGACGGCGACGACCAGUCCGAGGAGGGAUGCUCCGCCACGCUGCGCAAGUGGACCCAUCUCAAGGCUCGCCUGAUGCCCUACCUCUUCUCCCAGGCGCAGGAGAGCGUCCGGGGCGGGCUCCCGCUCAGCCUGAGGGCCAUGUGCAUCGAGUUCCCCGACGACCCGACCGCCUGGACCCUCGAUCGCCAGUUCAUGCUCGGCGACGGCCUCCUCGUCGCCCCCGUCUUCGAGGAGGACGGCACCGUCGAGUUCUACCUGCCCAGGGGCAAGUGGACCAACUUCUUCACCGGCGAGGUCAAGGAGGGCCCCGGCUGGUUCGCCGAGACCCACGGGUUCGGCACCCUGCCGCUCUACGUCCGGCCCAACACGCUCCUGGUUCUGGGCAAGGAAGGAGAGACGAGGACCGUGUACGACUACACGAGCGACGUCGAGGUGAGGGCGUAUUUUGCCAGUGACAGCGCCAGCGCCGUGCUGGUCGACGCCGAGGGCAAGACUGUAGGUACCCUGCGUGUCAAGGACGGGGAGAUUAUCGGAAAGGAACUGCUAUCUGGCAGCUCGGUCAUCAAUGUCGUGAGCUCCUGA